CUGAUGUUCCCAUUUCCACUCUCCAUUUUCUCCACCCUUUAAAACUUGCUAUGUCUUUUCUCUAGCUAGUUCCAGCUAGAAAUUAAGCUUUCCAUUUGACAACAAUUUUCCAAUGGAGUCCAGCCAUGAAGAUUCAAAGACUUCGAGCGAAGAUGGUGACCAACAAGAUCAUCAAGAUGAUGCCAGCACUGGCCGAUCGUAUAGAUGCGUGUUUUGUAAGAGGGGUUUCACCACUGCACAGGCCUUGGGUGGGCACAUGAACAUCCACAGGAAAGAGAGAGCAAGGAUCAGGCAGCCCGCUGCUCCAUCGGUCUCGAACAAGCCCGACGGCAAGGAGGUCUGUCCGGAGUUUCCUCCACCAAGUUCGAGCCGCAGACCGCUUUAUCCUCCAACCCCAGACGCACAGAGGAGUUAUCAUGUCUACUUCCCACCAUCCUCAUCAUCAUCAUCUGCAGGCACUAGACACCCACAAGGGCACCAUGCAGGAGAUGAAUUUUACAUUCGGAAGCCACAGUCCUCAAGCCUGUUUGAGGAUGAUUGCAACACAAAUCUGUGCUUGCAGAUUGGUCCAGUGCAUACCAACUAUGGUGAAGAAGAGAAGAAAAGAGAGGCUGAAGAAGUUGAACCUGAUUUGGAGCUGCGGCUUGGUCAUGAUCCCUAGCUAGUACA